UCGACGAUCGCCCACUAUAUGUAACGUGUGUGUCAAUAUUCAAAAUGAAUAAAAAAGUGUCGCCAGAGCUAGCCCUGGCAGCUCUUUUGUCGGGUAGCUUAACCCUUUUAGUCUCAGCAACUGCCGUAAUAGUCGUCAUCAUACUGUGGGUGUACAGAUUCAACUGCGACACUGGCAUGGUGGUCGCUUCAUCCGGAGCAGAAUACUUUAUGAUUACCUUAUUCAGGGUGUAUAUACAAGAUAAAUCAUGUGAAUAUUCUUUGACCGUGGAAGGAAUAACAAGAUCACAGUCGGUGUUCAUACUGGCACUCAUCACUUUGAGUGUUUCUGUACUGAGUGUAAUCUCCGCAAUAAUACUUAUGACAGUGUCUCAAAUGCAAGACGGAGGCCGGUACAUCAGCGUGACAACAUACGUUUACGUGACAGUGUCCAUUGCCGUUCUUGUUGUGGAUCUUACAUUUGGAAUACAUUUUGGAAUGGACAUCAGCACUUUGACGUCACGACUAAAUGAGAACUCAGCCGGCGUUAUGUCGAAUUAUGAAUUGGAUAUGAUUCGUCUGUCUGCGUUACUACUGAUGAGUCUCACACUAAAGGGAUACAUGUUUCAUUUAGUUAACAUCGUCCUACUCGGGUGUCUGCUGGUGUUCGUUUUCAGUCAUCAGAGUGACGUUCAAAGGAAUGAGCAUCCUAUUCACAAGUUAGGAGCACUCAAUGCCUACGAUCACACGAGAAUACUUCAGCAGUCCGGAUCACGAGCGAGCUCCUGGCAACGACCUGAUAUGUUUCUAGACGUUCCUAGAAACAAUUCACAUGUGAAUCGAGCAUAUCAGGACGACCUUCCAGUGCCUCGGAGCUAUUCACGUGAUAACCUCAAUGCGGAAUCAUCCAGACUUGAAAGAUCAGAGUCGUGGUUACGAAAUCAACAGAACCAGCCACACGGUUUGGGAGUCAGGCCGUUUUCAUAUCUAGAAGAACCCAAACGACCACAAAUUUCAUCGAAGACGUCAACACCUGAACCUAACUGGCGACCAAACUGGCCUCAAGGGCCUCCUGUACCCGCCCCUGAUUAUAGCCCUCCAGUUCGAAGACUUAAAUCAGCUCUCAAGACUGCCUAUUAAACCUCUCAUUAUUUAUAUUACAACCAGAAUUGGGGAGCCCGAGAGAGGAUUUUAGGAUUUACUCGAGCGUGUCAAUCGUAUACUGCACUGCUAUUUAAAAUACCUGAUACCAGAGGAAUUAAUCUGCCUAUUUACUUGUUAGGGGUAGACAAAGGAUGAAAAAAAGAGAUUUUUAAUUGAUCAAAUUUUCAGAGGUAAUGUUGAGAAAAGUCGAACAGUUUCCUUUCGAUAAUUUGUAGAAGCUUUAUUAAAGUUCUAUUAAAUCCACCAUUUAUAAAUUCUCCCGUUAGAUCUGCAAACAGACGAAUCUUAUCCUUAUUCAAAUACAAUUUGUUUUAGUAGGAUUUUAAAUCACUUAUAGAACGACAAAAACUACCUAUGGCUCAGAACAGAGAAGAGAGGGCGUUACAACAUAAUUUAUCAAUUAAUUAGUCUGAGAACGAUCAGUCCAUUCCCAAGAGGUGGUAUAAUAAAGAGAAUGAGUUAUGUUAUUGUAAGUAAAAUUAAUCACUACAAUGUCUUUAACAACUCUUUUGAAUAAAUAAUUUCUGGGAUCAUGUCGUUAAAUCGCCUAGCAAAAGACUUACUAGCUCAACUUAGCCGAAUAGCAGGCAAGAAUGUAUAUUGAACUCAGGCGGUAACCUUAUGAUUAUCACGAAUAUAUUGAGAGGCAACAAUUAAAAUGUUUAUAACUUUUAUAAAUUAAAUAAAAUCUCUUAAUCUCUGGUACUACUGGUCCGAUUUGAAUGAUUCUUUCAGUGUUGGGUAGUCCAUUUAUCGAGGAAGGCUAUAGGCUAUGUUUUUUUUUCAAAAUUAGGGAUCCGUAAUAAAAUUGCUAUUUUGUAACAAAAGGUGUAAAAUCGAAAACCUAUUUUUGCGUGCGCUGCAAAAACUAUUGACAAUAGAACAAAAUGAUGUACAGGCUAUAAUAUAGGCAAUAUUUUAUUACUUAUAAAACUAUCCGUGAAUUAUACUUUAUAUGGCAAAACAACGUUUACCGGGUCAGCUAGUGAUUAAUAAACUUAAAUUUAUUUUAAGGAUUUCAUUGCUGAUUUUUUUUAUAAACAUACAUAUUAAGCAUUUCAUCUUAUUCUUCAAUUUUCAAACUUUCCGAACACGCUCGAAUUACUUCCAAAUAACAUCAAGGGCUCCCCUAGCAAUUUUAUUGACAACUGUUGUGAAACGUAAAUAUCUGCACAAAAUACAUGAUGAAUGUAAACUCAAACAA